AUGACGGAAGCGGUUGCCGUCAAUCGCGCGGAAAUGGGAAGCGGGACGCGUUAUUUUGUGCCCAUCGAACAGAAUGAACGGCCGAGAAGGACGGUGGGAGAAUGGUUCCGGAAGUACUUUUUGGAAGGUAUGUAAUACUUUGCAACAAAUGUAGUAUUAUCAAAGACAGGCUCUAUCUACAUAUAGGACGUUUUGAACCAUUUCCAGGUCAAAAACUCGAACGUCAGACACAAGCCCACAUCAACCCGAAAGAUCUACCGUUCCACGAGCGAUACCGCAAAUAUCUGGCAACUCUGAUCCCGUUCGUUAUAAUGCACGCCAUAUGGUGGUCAAUGGCAAUACGAUACAACCUAUUUCGACUGUAUCCUACUAGAUACGAACUUGCAAUCACCAUGAUUUUGGGGGCUUUUGUUGCUGGCGCCACUUCAGAAGGUGGCGGCGCAAUCGCUUUUCCUGUGAUGACUUUGAUGCUUCACAUUGCUCCUGAUGUGGCCAGAGACUUCUCUCUCAUCAUCCAAGUGGCUGGUAAAUUUGGAUUUUACUAACUUUGUUUCGAGUUUUAGGAAUGGCCACGUCUUCUUUUGCAAUAUUAUGGAUGGGAGUUAAAGUGGAAUGGCAUUCAAUUAUUUAUUCGUCCAUUGGCGCUGGCGUUAGUAUUAUUCUUGGCUUACAAUUUUGGGACAACCUUCUUGACCGUGAGUCCCAAAGCGAAAACUUUUCUUUUGAUACAGUAUGCCAAAAUUUAAUAAAACUGUAUUUUUAAAGACCAUGUUUUUUUCAGCUCAACAGAAGAAGAUGAUGUUCGUGUCGAUCUGGUUUUCAUUCGCGAUUUCACUGUUAAUACUGAAUUUGCAGAAGAAACGAGUUACCUUCGAUAAUAUCCCAAAUUUCAAGCCAUGGAAGGCGAUAGCGCUGGUCGCAGCUGGGUUCUUUGGCGGUAAGUGGGUUUUUGUUUAUUUUCUGCUAUUUUAGGUUAACAUAGAUAAAAUGCAAUUGAAAAAAGAACUGAUUCAGCUUGCGUUAACAAGGUUUUAGCAAGCAGAAUAUAAAUUAAUGCCAGCCAGUUAUGGAUUUUGUCGGUUACAGGCAUUCUCAGUGCUUUUACUGGCUCCGGCGUCGAUAUCUGUUCGUUUUCCAUCUUGACGUUGCUGUUUCGAGUGAGUGAGAAGGUUGCCACUCCAACAUCAGUAAUAUUGAUGUUCCUCAACGCAUUGAUUGGCUCUUAUUGGCGCGUUCUUAUGCAACAAGGAGUCAGUCAGCUGGCCUAUGAGUACUUCGCGGUCUCUGUGCCUGUUGUGGUCACUUGCUCACCGAUCGGAGCAUUUGUCUCGUCGCAUUUACAUCGUCAAGUCUUGGCUUGUUUUGUGUACAUUUUAGAGACCCUGGCGGUUCUCGGAUUUUUGAUUACUGGCCCUAAAUGGACAUUGAUUGUGGCUGGAGCGGUCAUUAUCAUCGUCGGGUGAGGAACUAUUUUGUAGAUGACGAAUGUUUAGGUUUACAUUCUUCUACAUUAUCGCUAAAUUGGGGCAAAAACUGAGUGGAGUGGAGAGCGAACGACAGUCCAAUGAGUCGCUAGCUGUAAACAACAUGACUUUCUUGGACAGACGGAGCAGCACCAAUUCUAGUGGCGUAGUUGUGUAA